AAUCUCAGCUAAUUGAGAUUCUUUCUGCUGAUAACUGGCGUAUUCAAGGCUACAAACCUUUAGGCAUCCUAAUCGAGUUUCUCAUAAACACCAUUUCGUCUGAAGAGUUUUAUGGUUGCACCUGGAUAUCAUGGUCAAAGUUCCCCAGCCUUUGACACCACCAGUUGGACAGCUUUGACGAAACAAAGUGAAGGAGACUAAUUGAAGAAGAUGGCCGGGCUCCUGUUCGAUGAUAAAAUGUUCAAGGAGCUAUGGGAUACAUGGAAUAUUGGAGGACUGAUUAUUCUAAGCCUCUUUCUGCAGUCUUUCCUUAUUCUGUUUGCACCAUUAAGAAGGUCAAUGGGUGAUAAAUGGUUCUUCAGGAUUCCGCUCUGGAUAGCAUACUUGCUUGCAGACUGGAUUGCUAUAUUUGUCAUAGGACUCAUCUUGCAUGCUGAACGAAGUCAUGACAUCGUGGUCUUUUGGGCACCCUUUCUUUUGUUGCAUCUAGGUGGCCCUGACACCAUUACUUCCUUCUCUCUAGAGGAUAAUGAAUUCUGGAUCAGGCACUUGCUUCAGCUUAUAUUACAGGUUAGUUCAACAAUCUAUGUUAUCAUUCAGUCACUCCCACACAACAAGCUCUUGCUCCCAACCCUCCUGGUGUUAACUGCAGGAAUAAUCAAGUAUGCAGAGCGAAACCGUGCUUUGUAUCUUGCAUGCUCUGACCAUUAUGGAGAGGCCCGUUUUUCCUUUCUCAAAAAAUUUGUUAAAGAGGCUAAUUCGAACGAGACUCUCCAGUUACUGCAGGAAUUGAUACCCUAUGGCACUCUCAGGAAUCUACUUCUUGGGCCUCUUAUUUCUCCCAAACGGCGCCAAAUUUGCAGAAAAUUCUUCCUCAAAAAAACGCCAAAAGAGGUCCUUGGGAUGAUCGAGUUUGAGCUAAGCCUCUUGUAUGAGAUUCUUCACACCAAGUUGCCCGUGGUUAAAUGCAAGAUUGGAUACAUUUACCGGAUCCUUUGUAUGGGUUGCAUUUCCGGAGCCUUGUUGUCAUUCAGAUUAAUUACCCAGGCCAAGCAGUACCGUGAUGAGUUGGAAAAUUCUGAAGUCUGGAUAACCUAUGGUUUGUUGAUUGGGGCCAUAACAUUGGAUUUCAUAUCGAUCGGCUUGCUUAUUUCCUCCGAUUACUUUAUUGCAGAUUGCAACAGUUUGCGAGCAUUUAAGAAUGAAACAAGUCCGGCCUUCGUUGACGACUUAAUUAAAGCCAGAGUAAGCAACAGGAGCAUGUGGUCCAAAAGAAUCCCCCAGCUCAACCUUGUAACCUAUUUUGUUAAAGCCUGCCCAGAUUGGUUGAACAAGUUGCAUAAAUUUCUUCCCAUAAGGUUUAUUUUGGAGUUCAUUCAAGGAUUCCAAAGUAUGUCAUCACAAGUUUUGGAAGAGCAAGUGUGGAACUACAUUUUUAUGCAAGUGAAAGAAAAGGCUCAGCUUGCAAAUACCGUAGAAAAGGGAAAGCAAAUUUGUCUAAGAAGAGGUGAUGGAAUUCUUAAAAGCCACGGUAACGAAGUUUUAAUCACGAUUGUAAAGGAUUUAGAUGAUGUGAAAACCCUUCUAACAUGGCACAUAGCCACCGAAUUAUGCUUUCUUCAAGUCAAAGACCCUCUGUCUACAUCUUCGUCUGAGAAUCCGAACUACCGAGGGAUAUCCAAGUUGCUUUCAGAUUAUAUGUUUUACCUUCUACGUGAGGAGACUGUUUUAGGGUCCAAAAUUGAUCGGAGAAUGGUUUUUGACGACACAUAUAAACAUAUCCAAUCUGUCUGCCUCGAAAAAGAUGUCUGCCUCGAAAAAGAUGUCUUCCAAAGAAUUUCAACAAACCCAGUGGGUAAGCCUCCUGAUUGUGCACCGAAAUCUGUUUUGCAUAAAGCGCAAACGUUAUUCGAUGUACUGAAGGGAUCAGAUGAAGGCAUUCCGUGGAAGUUAAUAAGCGAAGUUUGGGUUGAAUUAAUGUGCUAUGCUGCUAUUAAUUGUAGGCCAAAUUUGCAUGCACAACAACCAAGCAUGGGUGGACAACUCAUCACUAUUGUUUGGUUGUUGAUGAAUCAUUUCGGCCUAGGAAUUCAAUUUGAAACUGAUAGAGAUGCUGUUCGUGCUGAAGAUCAAAGGGACAAGUGUGUGACUCAAUGUGCUGUUGAUGUGAUGAAAGAGACAAGUGGUGAUACUGAUAGAGAUGCUGUUCGUGCUGAAGAUCAAAGGGAUAAGUGUGUGACUCAAUGUGCUGUUGAUCUAGGGAAGAUAAAUAAAAGUGCGAAUUUCUCCCUCUCUGAUGUUUCUUUCUCCUUUGUGGGAAAUUUCUUCUUUUGUUGAGAUAGCCAUUUUUGUACAACCUAUGGACAAUUUGAUUCCAAAAGGAAAUACCUGUUAGCCAUAUCCUCCCUCCAAUCUAUGGCUUUUCUCACUUCCAACUGUUCUCCAAGAUCAGUAAAUCUAGAGCUUUGCC